UGCAUAAAUUUAAUAUUUUUACCAAUAUGUAUGAAUAACAUAGUUGUGACGUAAUCUUUAGUUUAUUAUCAUGGCUAUCGUGCUUUUUCAUUGACAUGCGCACAGAGUUCAGUUUGCGUUGUAAACGUUGUAAAUAAACGAUACGCAAUGGGAUAAUUGAAGUAACAAAAUGUGAGAACGAUAUAAUUGUUUAAAACAAUGGAAAACGAUCGACACGCGAUCGUUUAUGUUGCAAAUGAGGAAAAGGAAUUAACUUAUCCAAUUACUUAUGGACAAACAAUUGAAGAUCUUUGUAUCAAGAUCUGUAAAUAUUUAGGCAUAGGUCCAGUGGCCAAGCAUCUUUUUGCCCUUAGAAAUCAUCACACAAAACUAUGGUAUUCGCUGGCUCAUCGUUUAGAAGCAAAAGAUAAAAACAAGUUUGAUUUUAGACUAAGAUUUAAACCAUCAAGCUUAUAUAGAUUAAAACAAAUUGAUGCAAAUGCUUAUGAUUACUACUUUCAACAAGCACGUUCAGAUGUUAUGGAUAAUAAGGUACCAGAUAUUGUUUAUGAGAGACAUAAACAAGAACUAAUUGGUCUUGGUGUUAGUGAUAUGUACAGAGUGAUGUUAGAAAAGAAAGUACCAAGAGAAACAGUAGAAUCUGAAUACAGAAAAUAUAUUCCUAAAGAAUGUAUAAAGCGCCAUGCAUUUUUUAUCAAAAAACCAAUUCAUAAUGCACUUCGUAAAAUAUCUGGUUAUGAUGCAAAUUAUGUUAAAGAGCAAUAUUUGAAACAGUUUCAAUGCAUGGCACCAAAUUAUCCAUCUGAAGAAUAUGAAGCUUUAAUGGAUAGAGGUUUUCAAAAUCCUCCGGCAAAAGUGUCUUUGAGAAUCAAUGUAAAUGAAGUGAAAUAUUAUGAAACAGUUGCUACUUCAUGGACUACAUUGUGUGCAAUUGAAGAUUUAUGUUUUAUUUCUAUAAGACAAGAUAAUACAGUGGAAAUAUCACGAAAGAAUGGUAUACCUUCGUAUUUAAAAUUUUCAAAAAACACAUUCUUAAUGUCCUUCGUUUCUGCGCUGGAUGGUUAUUAUCGUUUAGCAGUUAAAUGGACAUUUAACUUGUGUGGUGAAAUUGUUACUCCUUCUUUGGAAAGAUUAUAUAAAUUAAAAUGCCAUGGUCCAGUUGGGCAAGAAUUCUCAUAUGCAAAACUACAAGAGAAACGAGCAAAUAAACCAGGCUGCUACCUUCUCAGGGAAAGUGAAACUGAGUAUGACGUAUAUUAUUUAGAUGGAUACAAUAAAGAAGGAAAGCUAUUUUCUAAAAGAGUAGAAGAAAAAGUUUUAUCAAAUGAUUUUAUCAUUGUCGGUAGUCCUAAUCGCUACAAUUCAUUGGCACAGUGUGUUUUGUCUUUUCAAGAUUCUGAAGGACAGUCAUAUCUUACAGAAUGUUUACCACCUUCAGAGUAUGAUAAAUCACCACUGCUACUUUGUGCUCCUGAAAGUGCAGUUAGCGAAGUUGCAGCAGAUGAAGAAAUUGUUGCUUCAGUUUUAGAAACUGGACCACGUUGUGUACCUCAAAAUCAACUUGAAAUUUAUAAACCUUUCUUAAGAACCACUAGAAGCCAGCAUUAUUCACCGACAGUUCUUCAUAGAGCAAUCUGGAGAUUAACUAAAGGGAAAAAAUUAGAAGUCGCACUUAAAAUUUUGAAACAAGAAGAAGAGACAAAUUAUACAAAAGAAUUUUUAGAACUUGCUGGAAAAUGGUCUCAGCUACGAUCCGGGACUCUUGUGAGGUUAUAUGGUUUAACAGUAACACCAUCGAUUGGAAUGCUUUUGGAAUUGGUACGGCAUGGUACUCUUGAUGAAUAUUUACGUAGUUCUUCUUCUCAAACUGUUAAAACUGUAGAUAUGGUAGAAGCUACAGCUUGUCUAGCUACCGCUCUUUGGCAUCUCGAAGAGAACGGUGUAGUUCAUGGUAACAUUAGAUGCAAUAAACUCCUAGUACAUGCCCAUACUAAUAACAGCUUUGUAGUAAAACUUGCCGAUCCAGGAAUAUUUGUGUAUAAGGAAACAGAUAUUCAUUGGUUACCUCCAGAAACAUACAACAAUCCAGAAUUAGCUAGGUAUAGUUUCCAAGCAGACGUUUGGGCUGUGGGAACGACAAUUUGGCAAAUCUUUGCUAGAGGAGCCACGUUAUUAGAAUUUCAAAAUGCUGCUGUUAUGAAGAAAUAUUAUGAAUCUGGGAAACGUUUGCCUAUUCCAAAUGGCUGUCCUACAGAAGUGUAUAGACUGAUGCUUGACUGUUGGGGAGAUCUAAAUGGCUCUAGAAAACAACCACAAGCAAUUAUGAGAGAUAUUAAUCAAAUUUUGUAUCAAGUAUAUAAUUCUCGCAGAAGUCAUGCUUAUGCAACAGCAUUUCCUAAACUGUUUAGUUCUGAAUUAAAAAAGCAUAGUCAAGAUAAUUCUGAUACCAGUGAUGAUAACAAGUCAAUAAAUAGUGAAUCAAGGGCUAGUAGUCUUCUUACUGACAAUACAAGUCUUCCUUGGAAUGAUACGGAUGAUAGUACACAAAGUUUAAUUAACUUUAACGGUACCAGUGUAGGUAGUACAGAAGACUUGUCUGCAUACUUAAGUUGGUUAUCCAAUACAAGAAGAGAUUCAGAAGGUGGUUCAAUAUCUCAAAAUAAUGUUCCUAAUAUGAAUUGUAUUGAUCACUCUGCUCAAACACUGCGAAUAAGACAUCCCGGUGACUUAGAUGAGAUGAUAGGAAGAAAUGAACAAGGAGUUGAAGAAGACUCCGACUCCAGAGGAAGCAGUAACGAUUCGUUAGGUCAAAUGCGAGGAAUUUAUGAAUUAGAUAUCGAUUGCAAUGUAAUUUUGCAAGGUAGAAUUGGUCAAGGUUUCUACGGGGAGGUUUAUAGGGGAACUCUCGAGAGAGAAAAUGGAAAAGAUACAGAACCUCAACAAGUUGCUAUUAAAAAAUUAAAAACCAAAGCACUCGAAGCAGACAUAAGGGAUUUCGAAAGAGAAAUUGCCAUAAUGAAGACUCUGAAACAUCCGAACGUAGUAGAAAUUUUGGGAGUAAUAUCAGAGCCUGAAGUUUGUUUAGUAAUGGAAUAUGUAAAGCACGGUUCAUUACAAAGUUAUCUAUUAAUUCAUAAACAAGAAUUAUCGCAUAAGAGAUUAUUAGGGUUUGCAUUGGAUAUUGCAACAGGAAUGGAAUAUUUAGGUAGCAUGAGUAUUGUUCAUAGAGAUCUUGCUGCAAGAAAUAUUUUAGUUGCUGACGAAAACAAGGUGAAAAUCAGCGAUUUUGGGCUGGCACAAGUUACUGGAAAAAAUGAUUAUUAUAUUUUACAAACUGAUCGUGGUCUUCCUAUUAAAUGGUAUGCUCCAGAAAGUAUUCGAGAUGGGAAAUUCUCAACUCGAUCAGAUGUAUGGUCUUUUGGUGUAACAAUGUACGAAACAUUUGGUUAUGGAGAAGAACCGCGAUUACCCGGGCUCGAUUCAAGCAUAGAACGUCUUCAAAAUGAGCAAGAAAAAGGAAGUACUGAACUAUUAGCUGCGCUAGAAAGAGGCACUCGUCUUCCUUGCCCAUCUACUUGCCCUCAAGCGAUUUAUAUAAAACUUAUGUAUCCCUGUUGGCAUUUACAAAGUCAUCAAAGGCCAGAUUUUGCAACUCUUUGCAAAGAUAUCAGAGAUUUACUUCUUCAGUACUAGGAAACAAAAAUAGAAACUACGCGUUAUUAGAUCCUUUUGUACUUUAUGAAAAUGUAAAUGAAAGAGAGAGUUCAGUGAUUUUUAAUUGUACAGUUUCAUUGAGUUUUGAUGUAUUGUCUUAAUAAUACAGUUUUAAAUAACUUUGAUUUAUGGACAGAUUAGAUUAACAAUAUAUAGUUUAUUAUAUUUUAACUACUGCUAUUGAGAAUAAUAUUUUUUAAAAGUGAAGAAAUACGUUUUCUUGUUGCAGCUGAAGUAUUAUAUAAUGUAUAAAGUAUUCAAUUAUCAAGUAAAUAAUUGAUGAUUUUAUCAAUAAUUUAAAUAAAAUAAUCGAAGAAUAAAUAAUAAUUGUGGUACUGCAUAGAUAAGUGUUUCAUAAUAAUGAAUUUUUAAUAAUGAAUUCAUUAAUCUUUACAAUUAAUGACUACCAUACACUUUUAAGAUAGUGAAGUUUAUACCACAAUAAACAAUGUACAAACAAAAAUAAGUAUUGAAAUAGAAAGCCUCUGAUAUGUUUGAUUAUAAAUUUUGUACUUGUAUCUAGUCCAUAAGUUUUAUCAAAUUUUUGUUUCGAGUUAGAAAAUGCAUAGUGUGUAUGCAUUGAUGUAUGUAUGUAUAUUUACGUAUUUACUACACUCUGAAGUAUGUGCAAGUGUGUAUUUAUAAUUUUAUUUUACGUUUAUGUAUGUAAUUUCGCAUAAAUUGUAAAUUGUUUUAUGAAGCAACAUAUUUUUGUUGAGUUUGUUUCAUAGACUCUGUAACACUUCUUUAA